AUGAGAGAAAAAAAUGAACCGAAUUAUCUUAAAACAGCAGAUCUUGUUCCUAUACAGCCUAAACUUGCAUCUAAGGAAGAUAAGAGGCAUCUUAUUGUUGUUUUGGAAAAAGCGUGUUUAGAGAUAUAUAAAGUUGGGGGUUCAAAAGAAGGAAAAUAUUAUUUAUUAAACGGUGAUGACCAUCAAGGGAUUUUAAAGAAAAUGAAUAGGGAUAUUUCAGAAGCAAGACCAGAUAUAUGUCAUCAAUGUCUUUUAACACUUCUUGAUUCACCUUUGAAUAAAGCGGGGUUUCUUCAAGUUUAUAUUCAUACGACUAAAAAUGUUUUAAUUGAAGUGAAUCCAAAAAUUCGAAUUCCUCGAACUUUUAAGAGGUUUUCAGGAUUGAUAGUGCAGCUUUUACAUAAACAUAGUAUAAGAAGCGUUGACGGGAAAGAGAAAUUGUUGAAAGUUAUAAAAAAUCCAAUUACAGAUCAUUUACCGCCAAAUUGUAAAAAAAUAACUUUUUCAUCUGAUGCACCAACUGUUCGAAUAUCUGAAUAUCUUAAAACACUUGAACCUGAUCAAUCAUUAUGUGUUGUUAUUGGAGCAAUGGCUCAUGGAGAAGAUAAUUUUGCAGAUAGUUGGGUUGAUGAAAAGAUUUCUAUUAGCGAAUAUUUAUUAAGUGCAAACACUGCAACAAGCAGGAUUUUACAUUCAUGUGAAAAUUUAUGGGAAAUUAUUUAAUUUUAAAUAUCUAAUUUUAUAAAUUUGAAUAGUAUGUAUUAUAUACUAACAAAAUAUUAAAUAUUUUCUAAUAAUGAAUCAUAAUAUGGUCGGAUAUAAGACUCAUAUUUUAAUAAUUUUAAUAGAAGUAGUCUAAGAUGUAGAAGCACUUUGUAGAUAUACUAUAAUUUAAACA